AUGCACUCACCUGGCCCACUCUUACUGUUGAAUGGAUGCCUUCCCGCGAUGUGUAAAUAUCAGUCGACUCUAACAUGUUUUAGGCCAUAAGGUUCUGAUAGUUCAACUUAAAAGUUGCUCAUUGGUACUCAUACUUCCAAUGAUGAGCAGAACUACAUUUAAAUCAUGAAAGUCAAAAUACCACUUGAGUCGUCUAAGGACACCCGCGAUUACUAAGACAAUGCAAGAGAUGUGAAUGGUAUUGGUGGAAGUAGCCAUAAAAAUGAGCGCAUUCAAAUCGAAACUCAAAUUAAUCAUUAAGGCGAAGUAAACAAAGCUAGAUACAUGCCUCAGAGUCACAAUAUAAUUGCCAGUAAGACUAUAUCAGGGGAAGUGCAUAUCUUUGAUUUCUUUAAGCAUCCCUCAAAGCCAUCUAAUGAUCAAGUCAAGCCAGAUUUAAAACUUCUAGGGCAUAAAAAGGAGGGAUUCGGCUUGGCUUGGAACCCAGUUCAUGGGGGAAUGCUUCUCUCUGGCUCUGAUGACUCUUUAAUUUGCAUAUGGGAUGUUAACAAGCCAAAUUAACUUAACAACAGCAUCGAACCACUUCAUACGUAUGAGGCUCACACUCAAGUGGUGGAGGAUGUAGCUUGGAACUACUUUGAUGGCAAUCUUUUCGCCUCAGUCAGUGAUGAUAAACGCCUCAUACUCUGGGAUUUAAGAGAAAGACAACCAGCUUAGAACAUUGAAGCACAUAUGGCUGAAAUCAUGUCCGUUGACUACUCUCCAUUUGACUCAAAUUUAUUAGUGACUGGAUCUGCAGAUGGAUCCGUUGCUGUCUGGGAUACUAGAAAUAUUAAGAGCAAACUAUUCUCUUUGAGACAUCAUAAGGAUGAAGUGACUUAGGUUAAGUUCAGUCCUAUGCUUGGAAACUUGUUGGCUUCUUCAGGAGCUGAUAGAAGAGUUAUGGUCUGGGAUCUAUCUAGAAUAGGAUAGAAAUAAACAGAGGAAGAGAAGAGAGAUGGUCCUCCAGAAUUGCUAUUUAUCCAUGGAGGUAUGACUGCUAAAGUUUCUGACAUUGCAUGGAAUUUGAAUGAAAAGCUAAUGAUGGCUUCUUGCGCAGAGGACAAUAUACUUCAAGUCUGGCAGAUAGCCUAUGAAAUAUACUACGAUCAAAACUAGCUAUGA